AUGAAGAGUACAACAGAGUCGAAUAGAAUUCCCGGAAAACCUGGAGAUGAGCAGACGACACAGAUAUCUGCUGAGCCAAUAACAAAAAUGACACGAGGACUGUUCGAACCUUCCACGACAGAACUUACCAAAUCUAGCAGAUCUCCUAAAAAAGAAGGCAUGCCUGGAUCUUCUGCUGGAACUCCAAGUUCAAUUUUUUCAUCUCUCGUGACGAAAGCUACUGAAAAACCCGAUGUGAGCAACCCAAGAGUAACUGCGAGAUCUACAACAACUGACCAGUUGUUCUCUACAAAAGUAUCUACCUCAGCUGAAAAUCCAAUCUCGCAGGAAACAACCACUCAACCUCUCGAACGUCAAGCAAGCACCUUGAGCACAUCUCCAUCUAUUAGGCCAACCAUUUCGAUUACGGGAGCUUCCGCCACCACUACGAAGUCUGAGGCAACAAUUACAUUGUCUAAAGGAAGUGUGACACCGACGGUUAAUAUUGACGGUGGCAUCAACACUAAUGUCACAACGCCAGGUGAUGUCAAUAUGCCAGUGCUGUCAUCAGUUUCAACACAAAGAGAAACGACGUCUACUUCUGUAACGUCUUCACCUUCAAAGCACUUCAGUAUCAUGCCUUCUUCGCCAGGAAUAGCUCCAGAGACUGUGGAAUCAAGCACAACAACAGAAGAGGCAAUUGUGUCACGAGUUCCUUCUGAGAAAGGGCAAAUGCUUACAUCUUUACAAGUAAACGAAACUACAACUCCUGAAAAUAACUUAUCGUCUGCAUCAACACAUCCCUCGUUCCCGACAUUAAUCAGUUUUCCAGCUUCUUCAUCUUUCAAAACUGUGCCCAUCUCUAAAACUUCCUCCAUACCUACUAGGCGACCGUUCACUCCUAUUUCACCGAGAAGAUCAUCACACAAACAAUUUCAAUCUAUCAGCACCUCCACAACAUCGCAUUCACCACCAAAAAUAACCUUACAACGCAUUUUCACACCCGCACCUUCUAUUGCACCAUCCACACUACCAUCGUCUACUUCUGCACCAGAGAGCACCCCAAGCAUGCCACCACUUGAUCCUACUGAUUUUCCUGAUUUUCCAGAAAGUGGGCUCAAAACAACAACAGAAGAUGAUCUCUCUGUUGUUAUUGAAUCUUUCGAGUCAACCACAGAGUUUCCCAACGAUUUGGCACCCGGAAAGCGGGGACGAUGCACCUCAUCAGAUAGGUCGAUGUGUCAUGAGCUGGCAAUAUGUGAGAUUGCCACAGGAGCUUGUCGAUGCAAAGAUGGAUUCACAGGAGAUGGUUACACGAAUUGCACGUAA